CUCUUUGUUCUUCUUCUUCUUCUUCUUUUUCUCUCUUUUGUCUUGGUGGCUUUCAUUUAUAUUUCUCACCUUUAGAAAUAUGAAUUCCUAAUGAAAUUGCAUUACAUUUGAUCCAUGGUUCAAUCAUUUUGGAGGCACUUGCACUGUUGGUGUAGACGUCAGCCCUGAAGUGAGAGCUCAUUUUUGGCAGAAAACUGCAUGCUUCUCAAGUUUAGAAGCAGAUUUUGCUCGGUAUCAUUUGGUCAAUUUUAUCUGCACUCAUGUUGUGUGGUAGAUGGGAUUAGAGCUUUCAAUAGUUGUUAGCGUGGAAUAUGGAAGAAUAAGCUCCUGAGUGUUUUGGGUUGAGAAUAUGGAAGAAUGAACUCCAGAAUAGGGUGCAGCUCUAGAGUUUCUGAUGAACAGAAAGGAUUGUAGUGAAAAAUGGUUUUUGUAGGAUUGAACUUUUCUGGUUUGGAUGAUUAUCUGUAAAAAGGUGGGAGAUGAUGGGACUUCUACAUAUUCUAUGAAAUGGAGCACGUGCAAGUUCUGAUUGUCUUUGGAGGAUACCAAUCAAAUUGAAAAGGAAGUCAAACAACACAACUUUUUUUGUAAAAAAUUGCCAAGUUCUUCUAAAUUAUACACACACACACAAACCACCAAGGUUAGCAGAGCUAGUGGCAAAAGUCCACUUGCCCCCCCGGAUGGUACCACUGAGUUGAGCUUUUGAACCCCAACCCAUCCUCCCUUCCCUUUACUGUAGACCAUAUAUAUGCAUAUAGGAAAGCACAUUUAAGUAUUCAUUCCCCUCUCCUUGCAGAGUUAGUUAUAUAGACAGAUAACUAGGAACGGAGGGAGUAGUAUUCUUUGGUGGUUAACAAGUAGUAUGGAACAUUAAUCAUUGUAUUCUUUCACACUGCCUUCAUAAUUAGGAUUCCUGUGAUAUAAUGGUUGGAGUCUGGAUACUGAACUGAGGAUAUGCAAUACUUUUAUCUCAUUUUGUUAAUCUUUGUUCUUCAAUUUUAGCUCUUAGUUUCUCUUCUUUUGAGAUUUUUUUGUACGAAGGUUAGCUAGGUCUCUAUGUUCAUACGACUUUUUCUAAAGUUCAUAAAAGCUGUUGCUGCCUAUUAGAUUAAUCAUAUUUCAUGUUUGUUUCUUAAGUUGUUGCUCAAAUUUCAAAUUUGAAGUACUAUAAUAUCGUUAGCUAGUAGUUAAAUUGUAUUAACAGCAUGGUUUAUCCUUAUAUACUUGUUUUAUCAGUAAGGGUGGAUUUUUUGUUCAGUAGCUGUUGG